ACGAGUGGAGAGGACCACUUCAGGAGUCUCCGACUGAAAUUCUUCUUCGUUUCGUGGUAAAGAUUGGAGAGAGACCACGUGUCUUAUAAAAUACGUCUACUUAACUUAAUCUUAUCUUUUUUAUCAAUUAAUUAAUUUAUUUAUUGAUUUCGAAAGUUCCGUGUUUGAUUUUUAAAAUUUAAACAAAACAAAGCAAAACAUUGAUCGUUAUCUCCAAACCAAAACCUCAUAUCAUAUCCCCUAAGAAUUAGAAACUGACCCAAAAAAAAAAAUGGCCCGCAUUGCCGUGAUCAGAGCUCUCAGAAGACGAGUGACUCCAUCGUCAAUCUCGACUUCUCGAUCUGAUACAAUGGAAGUAGCUUUGGAAAUGACUGGAAUUUGGGUUCUAUCUAUGUAGAUUAGCACAUUGGUAUUGGGUGAAUUCGAAGGUGGUACGAUCAAACCCUCAUGUUUAAGUGCAGUGGAGGCUGCCAAGUCUUUAGGCAAGGACAACUCGAUUUCAAUGCUCUUGGCAGGUUCUGGUCCUUCUCUAAAGGAAGCUGCAGUCAUUGCUGCUUCUCAUCAUCCUUCUGUUUCGCAGGUGCUUGUGGCUGAUUCAGAUAUGUUUACACAUCCUUUAGCUGAACCUUGGGCUAAGCUAAUCCAUUUGGCUCAGCAGAAAGGCAGCUACUCACAUGUCAUUGCCUCUUCAAGUUCAUUUGGGAAAAACAUUUUUCCAAGGGCGGCUGCACUUUUAGAUGUUUCUCCAAUUACAGAUGUUGUUGAAAUUUCUGACUCUCAUCUAUUUGUGAGGCCAAUAUAUGCUGGAAAUGCACUUUCCACUGUUAAAUAUACUGGAGCUGGCCCUUGCAUGUUGACCAUUAGAUCAACAUCUUUUCCAGUUUCACCAAUCAUAGAUGAGUCAAAAUCUAAUGAAGCUCCUAUUUCCCAGGUUGAUCUCUCCACCUUCAAUGAAGAGUCAGUUGGUAAGUCAAGAUUUGUAAAGCUUGCUUCUCAGGCUACUGAACGACCUGAUCUUGGGAAUGCUCGUGUUGUGGUUACUGGCGGACGUGCACUGAAAACUGCUGAGAACUUCAAAAUGAUAGAGAAACUUGCAGAAAGACUUGGUGCAGCUGUUGGGGCUACCCGAGCUGCUGUUGAUGCAGGUUAUGUCCCAAAUGAUCUGCAGGUCGGUCAAACUGGAAAGAUAGUCGCACCUGAGUUAUACAUGGCUUUCGGGGUAUCUGGAGCCAUUCAACACUUGGCAGGCAUGAAAGAUUCCAAGGUCAUUGUUGCAGUGAACAAAGAUGCAGAUGCACCCAUUUUUCAGGUUGCUGAUUAUGGACUCGUAGGCGAUCUCUUUGAGGUGAUACCGGAGUUGCUAGAGAAGCUUCCUGAGAAAAAGUGAACAUUCUUUUAGUUUCACACCAAAUGAAUUGGUCUGAAAAUGAGAAGAUAUAACUUGCUAAUAUAUUCUCCAAUUUGUACAUGACAUAUUUAUUAUGAUGUUAAUAAUAAUAAUCACAAUUAGAUAA